AUGAGGGCUGAGCAGGGCAUCACGCGCACCUCGGCGCUGUUGGGUGCUGGGAUCCCCAGCCAGCCCUGGCCAGGCUUUGAUAACACGGUUACAUCGACUUCUGUGGAUGUUAAAUUGCCGCUUAAUGUGACAUCAAGAAAUAAUUUGGAGGCAUCUCCUUGUAAAAUGACAGAGCCAUUUAAUUUUGAGAAAAAUGAAAGCAAGCUUCCGCCAUGUGAUUCUUUAAGAAGUCCUGGAGGGCAUUCUAACCACCCAAAUUUCAGGUUGAAAAGUCCAGAGAAUGGAAAUAAAAAAAAAAAUUUUUUGUUUUGUGAGCGAACCAAGCAGUAUCUGGCUAGUCAGGAAGACAGUCCGGUGUCCUCAAACCCUAAUAGAAUCAAUGGAGAAGUGGUUGGAUCCGAAGGAGACAGGAAGACAUUGCCAACAGAAAACUCAGUGUCACCAUUAAAUGUUGGAAAUAGUUCACCACCCGAAGAAGCAAAUAGUAAGCCUAGCAAUAAUGUGUCUCCUGCAAAGUCAAAAAAAAUGUACAAGUUGGGUCAGAAUACCUUGUCCAUAAAUAAUCCAGCGCUCUUCAACUCCUUAGGACCUCCUUUUCGGUCAGCUACUUGCCAUCGCUGUGGCCUGUUUGGGUCGCUGAGGUGUUCACAGUGCAAGCAGACGUACUAUUGCUCCGUGGCUUGCCAGAGAAGAGACUGGCCAGCGCACAGCAUCGUGUGCAAACCUGUGCAGCACAACUUCCACAAAUUUAAAGAUAAAUCACCUCUUGAAGCAAAGAACGUGGAAGUGAAAAAUGAGAGUAACUAUCCACUUGGAGUUACUAAAGAAAUAUCCAUUUGUGCUGAUAAAAUAAUGUUUUCUGAUUUGAGAAGUCUGCAACUCAAGAAAACCAUGGAAAUAAAGGGUACAGUUACUGAAUUCAGACACCCAGGUGACUUUUACGUGCAGUUAUAUUCUUCAGAAGUUAUAGAGUACAUGAACCAACUCUCUGCAAGUUUAAAGGAAGCAUAUGCAAACACAACGCAUGAGGAUGAUUAUAUUCCUGUUAAGGGGGAAAUUUGUGUUGCCAAGUACACUGUGGACCAGGCCAUAAAGUGCUUUGUGGCUGGCGUUAUCCCAGCAGAGGGGAAUUGGAGCAAUGACUGUAUCAAAACUAUUAAAUCACUGUUAAUGGAGCAGUACUGCUCUGUAAAGAUUGUUGACAUCUUAAAAGAGGAAGUGGUUACCUUUGCUGUGGAUAUUAUGCUGCCCGGUUCAGGAAAACUCAUAGACCAUUUGCUUGUAGAAAUGGGGUAUGGCUUGAUACCUGAGGGACAAAAUUCUGAGAACCAAAGCGCAAACCAAAGUGAGCCUGAAGAUGUUGGAAAAAUGACAGCUGAGAACAAAAUUGUAGUAGACAAGAGAGACUUAAUCCCCAAAGUGUUAACUUUGAACAUAGGUGAUGAGUUUUAUGGUGUGGUUUCCCACAUUCAGACUCCAGAAGACUUCUUUUGUCAAAAACUACAAAGUGGAUAUAAGCUGGCCGAACUUCAGGCCUCCCUUCGCGAGUACUGUGGUCGGAUGUCUCCCCGCUCGGAUUUUUACCCAGCCAUCGGCGACCUCUGCUGCGCCCAGUUCUCGGAGGAUGACCAGUGGUACCGGGCCUCCGUUUUGGCUUAUGCAUCUGAAGAAUCUGUGCUGGUUGGAUACGUAGAUUACGGGAAUUUUGAAAUCCUUAGUUUGAAAAGACUGUGUUCCAUAACUCCGAAGUUGCUGGAAUUGCCCAUGCAGGCAAUAAAGUGUGUGCUGGCAGGAAUAAAGCCAUCAUUAGGAAUUUGGACUCCAGAAGCUAUUUGUCUGAUGAAAAAAGUUGUACAGAACCAAAUGAUGACGGUGAAAGUGGUGGACAAGUUGGAAAACAGUUCCCUGGUGGAGCUCGUAGAUAAAUCUGAGACACCCAACAUCAGUGUUACUGAAGUUCUCAUAGAUGCAGGCUUUGCCGUCCGGGGGAAGGGGAUAGUGACAGAGAAAUCUAGUGACAUAAAAGAAGCGAGUGUUCCCUUGGAUGGAGAAGCAAAACUAAAUCCAUUGGCAUGGACAUGGGUUGGACUUGCUGUUAACCAAACAGUAGAUGUUGUGGUCUGUAUGAUAUACAGUCCUGGAGAAUUUUAUUGUCAUGUGCUUGAAGAGGAUGCUUUAAAGAAACUCAACGAUUUGAACAAGUCACUAGCAGAGUUCUGUCAGCAGAAGUUGUCCAGUGACUUUAAGGCCCAAAUAGGGCAGCCUUGUUGUGCUUUUUUUGCGGGUGAUGGCAAUUGGUAUCGUGCGUUAGUCAAGGAGAUCGGCCUCAAUGGAAGCGUGAAAGUGCAUUUUGUGGAUUAUGGAAACAUCGAAGAAGUUACUGCAGAUGAACUCCAAAUGAUCCCAUCGGAAUUUUUAAAACUCCCAUUUCAAGGGAUACAGUGUUGGUUAGUAGAUAUACAGCCUGGAAACAAACAUUGGACUAAGGAAGCCAUAGCAAGAUUUCACAUGUGCGUUACAGGGUUGAAACUCCAAGCCCGAGUGGUAGAAAUCACUGAGAAUGGAGUGGGAGUUGAACUCACCGAUCUUUCCGCCUGUUAUCCUAGAAUAAUUAGUGAUGUUCUGAUUGAGGAACAUCUGGUUUUAAAAGCCAGCUCACAAAAAGACUCGGCAGAAAACAGACCCAUCAAUAAACAGGAUCUUCAAAUCAACACCCCAGGGCAUCAAGCCAUCUCUUCCACUGAGCAAUGGAGGACAAUAGAAUUGCCAGUUAAUAAAAUUGUACAAGCCAGCAUAUUAGAAAUUAUAAACCCAAACUUAUUUUAUGCUCUACCAAAUGAGAUGCCAGAGGACCAAGAAAAACUGUGUGUACUGACUGCUGAACUGCUAGAAUAUUGCAGCGCCCGGCAGAGCCAGCUGCCCUACAGGCCGAGAGCGGGAGACGCGUGCUGCGCCAGAUACACGCAUGAUGAUUUCUGGUACCGGGCCAUCGUUCUGGCGGCCUCGGAGGCCAAGGUGAAGGUGAUCUAUGCGGACUACGGAAACGUUGAAACUCUGCCCCUUUGCAGAGUGCAGCCAAUCUCUGCCAGCCACCUGGAGCUUCCUUUCCAAAUUAUUAAGUGUUCAUUCGAAGAAAAAACGAACAGGAUGAAUUGCUGCUGCUCAGAAUUACAGAAACAAGUUGAAAAACAUGAACAGAUUCUUCUCUUCCUCUUAGACAAUCCAACCAAUCAAAAUAAAUUUAUUGAAAUGAAAAAACUGUUAAAAAGUUAA